ACCAGCAUCUGACCUCAGGGGCAAAACCAGGCCCAGGGAGCACCCUGAGCGGCAAAAGCGGGCGCCCUCAGGCACCAUGAGCGGGCGAGUCGGGGACCUGAGCCCCCAGCAGCAGGAGGCCCUGGCCAGGUUCCAGGACAACCUCCAGGACCUGCUGCCCACCAUGCCCAAAGCUGAUGACCACUUCCUCCUGCGCUGGCUGCGAGCUCAGAAGUUCGACCUGAAGAAAUCCGAGGACAUGCUCCGGAAGCACCUCGAGUUCCGGAAGCAACAGGACCUGGACAACAUCCUCGCGUGGCAGCCCUCAGAGGUGGUCCAGCGGUAUGACUCGGGCGGUCUGUGCGGCUACGACCACGAAGGCUGCCCCGUGUGGUUCGACAUCAUCGGGACCCUGGACCCCAAGGGCCUCCUCCUGUCAGCCUCCAAGCAGGAGCUGAUCCGGAAACGCAUCAAGGUCUGUGAGCGGCUUUUGCAGGAGUGUGAGCUGCAGAGUCAGAAGCUGGGCAGGAAGAUCGAGACGGUGCUGAUGGUGUUUGACAUGGAGGGGCUGGGCCUGCAACACCUGUGGAAGCCAGCUGUGGAGGUCUACCAGCAGUUUUUCGCCAUCAUGGAAGCAAAUUAUCCUGAGACACUGAAGAAUUUACUUAUUGUUCGAGCCCCCAAGCUGUUCCCUGUGGCCUUCAACUUGGUCAAGUCGUUCAUGAGUGAGGAGACUCGACGGAAGAUAGUGAUUCUGGGAGGCAACUGGAAGCAAGAGCUGCCAAAGUUCAUCAGCCCCGACCAGCUACCUGUGGAAUUUGGGGGGACCUUGACCGACCCCGAUGGCAACCCCAAGUGCCUGACCAAGAUCAACUACGGAGGCCAAGUGCCCAAGAGCUACUACCUGCACAACCAGGUGAGGGUGCAGUAUGAGCACACGGCGACCGUGGGCCGCGGCUCCUCCCUGCAGGUGGAGUUUGAGAUUCUGUUCCCGGGCUGUGUGCUCAGGUGGCAGUUUGAAUCGGAGGGGGCGGACAUCGGCUUCGGAGUUUUCCUGAAGACCAAGAAGGGGGAGCGGCAGCGGGUGGGGGAGAUGACGGAGGUGCUGCCCAGCGAGCGCUACAACGCCCACCUGGUUCCCGAGGACGGGAGCCUCACCUGCCUCCAGGCCGGAGUCUACGUCCUGCGCUUCGACAACACCUACAGCCUGAUUCACACCAAGAAGGUCAGCUACACCGUGGAGGUGCUGCUCCCCGACAGGGCCUCCCAGGAGAAAAUCCAGGGUCUCGAGGCGACAAAACCAUCCCCGGCACAAUGAAGACCCUGCUGCCUC